ACAUUUUUUUUCUGUAGACAUAGGUUUAAAUAUGAAUAAGAAAUUUAAUAAUUCUAAGGAAUAGGCUUACGUAUGUAUAAGAAAUUUAUCAAUUCUAAGAAACAGGCUAAGGAAUUUAUUUAAUUUAAAUAAUAGUGUACCCGACAAACUGGGUAAAAUAGAAAACUUACCCAUUCCAUUGCUGCACAGCACCUCAGAUUCGGUUCGACGCAAUUCGUAACCAGUUUGGUCGCAUGCUUUCAUGAUCUCCACAAUGAGCUGAGUGCGGCUUUAUCAUUUAUUUGCCGAAGUUGUCUCAAAGCGAACGCACAUACCUCAUCCGCCAUGUCGACCACAGCAGGGAAUGCCAGCCAGACGAUGACAUCGACCGGCGAAAUGUUCACCCUGGAGAAUCCGGUCUUCUGCUGCUAUCUCUUUUGGGCCACGGUGCUGGUGGUGAAGAUGAACCUCAUGUCGCUACUGACCGCCAUCCAGCGUUUCCGGUAUAAGCUGCUGGUAUUCGUACCACUCGCACUGCGACGUAAGAUCUUUCCCAACCAGGAGGAUCUGUUCUUCAAGAAUCUCGAGGUAAAAUUCGAUGAUCCGAAUGUGGAGCGCGUUAGAAGAGCGCAUCGCAAUGACAUGGAGAACAUUUUGCCAUACUUUAUCAUGUCCUUGAUUUACAUCAGUACCAACCCGAAUGCCGACGUGGCAUGCAAUCUGUUCCGUGUGGCCUCUGUGGCCAGGAUCAUUCACACUCUGGUCUACGCCGUUUAUCCGGUUCCGCAGCCGUCGAGGAUCAUCGCCUUCGCCACCAUGCUCCUAAUCACCUUCUAUAUGGCCGCUGUGGUCGCCCUGCGCACCCUAAACUUUAUCUAAAUAAACAAUAAUCCCUAUCGGCUUAACCCUUAAA